UAAAAUACGCAAAAAAAUAACGCCUGUUCUGCAGGCUACUCGGCGUGCGGGAACGCUUGCUACGCAGGCUACUCUUACAUUUACGCUUUAUUUCAUAUAACAUAAAAUGGUAAAGCAAAUUUUGGUUUUCUGGCGCGUUUCAGGAAGGAAUAGAUGAUGAGUUACAUGCGAUUUAAUAUUUUAUUUCUUAUAUGUAAAGUGGAAUGCUAAGACACAUAGGAAACGAUAAAAGGACAAAAAAUGGAACUUUCUUAAAGAAAAAAAAAAUUCGACCACGACGGGAGUCGAACCCGCAAUCUUCCGAUCCGAAGUCGGACGCCUUAUCCAUUAGGCCACGCGGCCGUUGCCUGAGAGAUUUCAGAUUACAAGGUCAUUUAAUCAAAUUAAUAAAAUUUAUGGUCAGCGGUAAAAAUUCGAUAUAAGAUUCAAGUAACUCUAUUGUAAUGUGUCCUUUGAAAUUAAAAUCUGGUCUACUUCGUAUAAUUCUUCAGUCUAGCCUUUCUGUUUUCCAUUCGUAAAGAGAUCUAAUGCUAUUGUAGUUUGAUCUUCCGUCAGCUGGUAAUUUAGGACGUCUACUGUCAUGUCCUUUACAAUCAGUAUAGAAUGCACGAAUUACAUGACAUACCAUUCUCUGCAGUCCCGGAAUCCUUCUGAUCAGAUGUCGAAAAGCUGUGAACAAUGAACUUUACUAUUCGCAAAAAGCUUAGACGCUGCCGCAUAGGCGUUCUUAGAUUGGGUAGUCUCGAAGUCCAGACUCCUAGCUGUACACUGUAUACUCGAGGAGGUGCCAUCCCGCAUCUUACCUCGGAUGUUUUGCGUUCGAUCAAGAAUCUUCCACCUGCGGUCCAUUUGUCUCUUCAAACCAUAAUUGAUCAGCCAGGGACUGAUGUUAUUAGUCAGUCCAACUAUGAUGGGAUAAAACAAUUCUUGGGGCUUGAGGGUUUCAUUUCCUACUUAUCAAUACAAGAUCCAAUUCAAGAGACGCGUGAGGGGUACAAUGAAGAGAAGUCUGUGUCUGUGUGGACUCCAGGUGGACGAAAAAAGAUAGAUGUGAAUCUGUUCAUAACAGUGCUUGAGGUAUUCAAGCCUGAUAUUGUUCAAUGUCUUUGUGAUACAACCCCUGCUUCUGGACAGACUGAAAAAAGAAUUCGUAAAUCCGUUGAUCGGACUUUGAAGUUUCUUGAUAAAUUCAUUGAAGAAAGAGGACGCAACAAGUCCCUGACAUCAUGUAAUAUGCUUGGAGUAAUUGAAGGAUCUAAUUCAGAAAAAGAGAGAAUACGAUCUGCUAAAGAAACCUCACAGAGACCAGUUGCAGGGUUUGUUCUUGAGGGAUUCAGCUCCAGUACACGUAACUGGUGUAGUCUCUUGCAGAAAACAGUGGAUUUACUUCUGGAUGAUAAACCACGCUUCAUCCAUGGAAUAGGAAGUCCAGAAGAGGUAGUUUCAGCUGUGGAAUGUGGAAUUGACAUCUUUGAUUCAUCUUAUCCUUACCAAGUAACCGAUCGUGGUUGUGCACUGGACAUAAACUGGAGCAGAAAAAGACUUAAACCUGAGCUUAACUACUCCCCUUCUACUCCAGAGGCGUUAAACUCGGAGCAGAAAAGUUCAGAGAACAGUUUGAACAAAGUGUCAAAUAGUACACAUAACAAAGAGCUCCCGGAUGAAGGAACAUUAUACGAAAUGAAUCUUAACCAUCCUAGGUAUAGUUCAGACUUCACUCCACUUUUUAGUACCUGCACAUGUUACUGCUGUACAAAUCAUACGCGGGCGUAUGUUCAUCAUCUGCUUGUCACCAAGGAAAUGCUAGCUAAAGUUCUUCUGAUGACACAUAAUUUACACGAAUACUCUCAGUUUUUCGCGCGGAUUCGAUCGUCAAUCGAAGAGGAUAACUUUGACGAAUUUAAAAGGGAUUUCUUAGAAAGCCAGCCUCUUUAACAGAACGAUCCCACAACCUCUCUUCGUUAAAUUAUCUCUUAAUAACAGAUGUUGUAACCCAAGAUACGACCAGCACGCAACAAUCAGCGGUCAUUUUAGAUUUAUCUUUGUGGAAAACUGGGGCAUGAAAAUCUCAUCAUUAUCGAAAUGUUUUCCGUCCACCCUAAAACACAAAGCUGGCCUAAACUCCUCCGUUUCGUUUUUGCGGUCCUUCUAACUCAAAAUGGAGGCCACUCCCGAUUAGUCCAAGAGAAGGGGUUGUAAACACAAGAGAAACAUUGAUCAAAUUUGUUUAAUGAUUUAUUGAUAAAUUUUCUCUUCAAAUAAAAAAAUAAGAGCUCUGAA